GAUUAUUAUCAAAAUAUUGCAAUAUUGCAAAAAUAGGUAUCAUUAUAAAGCUGGGAAGCUCUAUGUUACAAUUCAUGUAGGCAUUAUUUGAAAUUUGCAGAUAAAUCAGAAGUGUUAUGUUUUGAUAAUUUAUUAAUAAUUCUGCACUGCACAUUUAAUUGUAAUCGAUAAAAACAUCAAACUGAUCAAAUAGCCAUGUGGCAUAUGUCAUUUGAAAGUUCUCAAAGAUUACAAUAAAUCCAGCCUAUUUGUUUUUCUCACAGACAAAGAUUUAGCGAGUAAUAGCUAAGUAUAUCUCUUUGACAUACUGUACAUGUUACAUGUAAACAGGUGUUACUUAAAAUAAACGGAACAUAAAUUGUCACAUACUAUUAUUUAUAGGAUGCGAUUCCUGUUAAAACGAGCACACUUUCAGCAUAAUCGGAUGCAUUGUGCGUUGUGUAGAUUAUCUAAUAAUCAACACAACGCACAAUGUGCACUCAACACAUAAUGUGCUAUCUAGCUAAACACACAUUAGGUUUCCUGGAUCAAAUGACUUCAUCGGAAAUGGUGUAGUAUGUUGUCCAGCGUCAGAAAUGUUUGAAAUGAUUUCAUCUUUAAAUUAUAAAAGUAAAAAAUAGAGCUUGUACUCAAAUAGGAAAAAGAUCUUAUUUAUUUAUUAAGAGGAACCAACAGAGAAAAAAUAUUACAACUGUAAUAACAUACCAUGUUUUUAUAUAAUAAUUAAAAAAACAGCAGCAGCAACAUCAAUAAUAAUAGUCCAAAUGUAUUCAUUAUUAAUUUUUUAAAUGGAGAACAUAAAUAAAUGUCAUUGGAGUCUACCAACUUUGCAUAAAUGUAAUCUUUCAUUUUAAACUACAGUAUUAAAAGGUUUAGGUGUUGUUUAUUAGGCUAAAUGCAAAUAGUCCACCGUGAAUGGCAUCAGAAUUAUUAUAAAUGCCUUUGAUCUAAAUUAUAGCAGCUGCAUAAUGAAAUACCUGCUGAAAGAGCACUAUUUUUUUUGUGUUUUACAGUGAGCAAAAUAUCAGCAAAUGACACCCACUUCUUAACACUCAUUGUCACCCAACACAAAUACAUUUUGGACACACACAAUUGCCCCAUUAAUUUCUAUACAUUUACGCAAAAAUAAUACUCUAAUGGUGUCGUGGAUAUAAGAAAUAGAUUUUCACAUUGCAGUAAUUACAUAGAUGAUGAUUCGUAGCUAAAUAAAGUUAAAUAGUAAAUGAGUGAGCCUGCUCGUUCGGCUCUGCUCACCAAAAAGAGCCGGCUCUUUUGGCCGCCCAAACGGCUCUUUAAAAAAAUAUUUCGUAUUUUUCAAGUCAAACAGUUUGCGAUAGUUUGAUUAUAAUUGGUGUUAAAACAAUUCUAAAUAAAUAUGUAUUAUUAUAUAUAUAUAUUAUAUAUAAUUAUAUCAAAUGAAAUCAUACUCUACCUUAACCACAAUGUAUUUAAAAAUGCACUGGUUUGUUAUAAAAAACAAUGCUAUUAAACAUUUGCAUUUAAAGUAUAACUUUUUAUUGUGUAUAAACAAAGUGCAUAUAAAUCUAACCAUUCAAAACAAAUACAGUCUGAACAGCAUUCAAAGAAAAAUAAAUAUCAAGUUGCAAAACGUCAGCAUCACACAAAUUGAAAUAAAUGUAAAAAUGAAGGAUGCUAUUAUUUGAGCUGGCUUCCAACGUUCACCUACAAGAGCCGACUCAUUCGCGGAUUGGGCAUUCUGUCAGAACAGACUAACUAGCACAGACUUUACAGACUAAUAAGCACAGGCAACUGAGAAUUAAAUGAAACCAUUUUUUUUCCCAAUAUGCACACAUCUAUGGCUCUUUCAUUUGAUUAAUGUAAAGUAAUGUUGUGUCUUUGGCAGUUUGCUGGUUUUGUCUUUCACUACGUGAGUUUGUCUGUGUUUCUUAUAGUAUUAACCCUAAACUACACAUCAAGAAUUUAUGUUACACAUCUCACUUGAGCAUGAAUGAAUGAAGCUUUGAAUAAAGUUUAUUAAUUCAUACAACACAUUGCAAAAGCACAGGCAGUGCUGCAAUGGCGGUCUUGUUUGCAAUUUCUGAAACACCCACCAGAUGCCGCCAUUCACCGGUGAUCCAAUAUUAUAAAAAUGAAAUAUACUUGAAUAUAGUAAAAAGCAUUCGAUCUCUAGUGUUAGGAUUCAGAAUGCUGCAACCAGAGGUGGAAGUCAUCCAAAUAUGGUCAGAGAGGAUUGUGCACUCUAAUAACAUGUGGUUACCAGAAGAUGGGGCCAAGUAUAUGACACAGAAUAAAUGAUGGCUCAAAUGACACAGAAUGGAACUGAAUAGCCGCGUUCCACUAUUGGGCCAAAUUAGGUCAUGCUUGUGCAUGCCUGGGCCAGUUGUGUUCCCAAUGUCACUAUGCUUCAUCGUGCAUCCUCUGGGCUUUCACGGGGCCAAUGGGCCAACAAGGGGUUCAAGCAGGGUCAAUGUCAAUAGACCAGAGUCAGGUCAGAGGGCCAGCACCAAGAUACUAAUUUCUCAAAUCUUUCAUAUAGCUACCGGCUUACCAAAAACAGAUCAACAGAGAAUGGAAAAUCGUCAGUACUGGUCAGUAGAUGAAAUCAGCGCUCUUCUGAACAUUUGGGCUGAUGAAAAUGUGCAACGUCAGAUUGACGGCGUCUGCAGAAAUGAAGAAGUUAUUAAGUAUAUUGUUGCCGAACUUUCCAAGUUGUGUAUCAAGCGCACAACAGUACAGGUUCGGGAAAAAUUAAAGAAAUUGCGGGCACAGUACAAAUCCGUGAAGACGCACAAUGGACAAAGUGGUGCCCAAAGGAAGAAUUUUCCAUGGUUCAAAAUCAUGGACGGUGUGCUGGGACAUCGUCACGCUGUUAGUGAAGAGACCACUCAUGACACUAUUGCCGUUACGGUCGAUGAUUCAUCAUCUCCGAGUGCUUCCCUGGAGUCAGAAGAAGGAGAUGAGGGACCAUGUACAGCUCCACUGAGAACAUCUACACUUACACACAUACCUACAGUUAUAAAGAUUGCAGAAAAUAGUGAUCAAAUGUCUUUUCAAUCUACACUUGAGAGACCUGCCACUCCACAAUGCCUAAUCAGAGGGGGUUCACAUCUUAUAACGCAAAGGACCAGACCAGAGAACCGCAAACGCAGAGCUUCCAGUUUGGCGACCAGUGAGUUUUUGCAGUGCAUGAGGGAGAUGACACAGCAACAGAUGAAACAAGAGCGGGAGUUGAGGCGUGAGGAGAUGAAUAGAGAGAUGGAGAUGAGGCAAAAGGAGAUGGAACAUGAGGCAAGACUUAGGCGAGAGGAGAUGGCACGUAGAGAGAAGGAAACGGAGACAUUUGCCUCUGUUUUCAAAAAUUUGGCUUCAGCUCUUCUCCCUAGGACAUAGACAUUAUGGCAAAUAGACUUUUCUUUUAUGCUUUGAUAGGCAUUUCAUGUAAAUAUUUUUCUUACAGCACCGGUUUUGUGUGAUGGGCAUAUGCCAUAAAUAUUUGUCUGAAGAGCAACUUUUAAACCCAUUGACAAUUUUUAUAUGUAAAUAAAGUCCUAUUCUGCUAUCACAUUUGAGGCUAUUGGUUAGUUACUAUUUGUAUUUACUAUACAGAUUCAGGUAACUUUAUUAGCAUGGUAAAAAUAAGCUUUACAUUGUCAAAGCACUGGUAACAUAAAAUGUAUAAACAGAUAUACAUAUAUGUUUAUAUGCCAUUAAAAAGAAUAAAAGUAAUAAUAAUAAUAAUAAUCUAAGUAAAAGUUAGUUUGAGUAGUUUAUUUUUUUAUUUUAAUUUGUUAGAUAGUCUGAUGUUCUAAUGUGGCAAGCACUCUUAACUGUGUUGAAAACGCAGUUUCAAUAUGAUAAAUACUUUUUAUUGAGGGGCACAUUUUCUAAACGGUUGUUUGAUGAGCAACUUUUGUUUUCUGUAAUGUCCACUUAUGUGAAUUUUUUGAGAUAUAAAUAAUGUCCUAGUCUGAUAUCAAAAUAGAGGCUAUUGGGCGGUUGAGAAAGUCAACAUCUGUAUAUACUUACACUGGAGUCUGAUAUAGUGUAAUGUCAUACUAAGUAGGUGAAAGAACACAGCACUGUGUGAA